AUGCCAUACUUGAGAAGAGCUAUCGGGAGGAGAGCUACAACAUUAGGUGCUAUGUCUAUGCCUAUCCGGCACAUAUACAAUGAAGAAAUUGUUAGAACCACUCUGCGUGAACCACCGUCAGAGUUUUUUCGGCAGGCAUUAACUGUUGACGGUAUUACAAUAGGUGUAAUAUUUGCAUAUUUGGAUAUGAUAGCUAUGUUUCGCGAAGAGUUACGCGCUGUAACAUAUGCAGGUUGUGACGGAACCUUUAAAACCACUCCGAGUUCACCAAAACAGUUCCGUAGAGGUUCUUUAAUUACCUUUCAAAUUGUAUACAAAAAUGUUUCAUUUCUAAUUGUAUAUGCACUCUUGUCCAUGGCUACAGAACAAGCAUAUAUCAGUUUCUUUCGAGUAAGAAAUAUGUUACCAUUGGACUAUGAUGGUCUUACAAUCAUCACUGAUUAUGAGCGUGGGCUGAUGAAUGCUGUACAAGAGGUGUUUCCAGAGAGUAGACUACAAUGUUGUUGGUUCCAUUUCUGCCAGUCAAUUGUGAGAUAUUGUCGGCGCAAGUAUAAUCUGGUAUUAGACCUCAUUAAAACCAAUCCUGUAGCUGCCCGUGUAUUGCGAAUGGUCUUAGCAUUGCCUCAUUUACCAGCCAACAGAGGAAAUGAAAGUUGCCCAAAUUUUUGUGUAAAUUAUGGUUUUAGGGCAAUUUUAGAUUUUGCACAUCAAAAUAUUGAAGUUUACCAACGCAUGGAAACAUUUUUAAUCGGAUACGUACAAAACUUUUGGUUGGUUCAAGUUGGACCUGAAUUAAUAACUGUAUUUGCCAGCGAAAUAAGAACAAAUAAUUAUUUGGAAUCAUUCCACAAACAAUUGCUCAGGUUUUUUAGGAUGCAUCCCAACAUCUGGGACUUAUACAAACUGAGAAUUUUGGAAAACCAGUAUUAUGUGGAGAUGUUUCAAGUCAGAAAAAAUCUUACGAUCCGGGAUCAAACUUCCAGAGGGGAACGUGCUGUAAACACAACGCUAAUAAGACGAGCAAUUGAACAGCUCAAUGAAGAUAAUGACGUAUUGAGAUGUCUUAGAAGCAUGGGUCAAGCCAAUGCUGAUUACUUAAGACGCCAAAUCGGUCCACCUCCAUCACCAUAG